UUAGCAUGGUUUUCUGGGGUCCGAUAGGCCAGAGUAGCCUUUGCUCUCGUCUGCCUCCUUCCUCUUGCUCUGCGCCUCCCUCUCCCUUUGGCCUCCGAGGAGCUCUUUGCUCCUCUCGAUCGUUUCGUCACCACCGCCCUCGUCGAGCCGCCGGUAAUCGACGCACUGCUGCAAGCAUUCCCCUGAGCGCCGAAGCCGGAGAUGGAGCAGACGGGGCUGUUUUGGGGGCCGGUGCAGGAAGAGGAUCAGGGACUGGAUGGCUUCCUCGGCGAUCUGCAGUUCAGCCUCGCGAGCGGCACUGCCUGCGAACACCAGAUGGCGACUUAUCCAGCGCGAGAUGAUGAUGCCCUGUUCGUCCUACAACUUCUGGAAGAUGCAGACCUGGAUGAAUGGUUAUCUGGUGGUUUACAUCAAUCUCCUUUAGGGGACACACUGAGCCAUCAUCAGAUGUUAGGUAGGAAAAGUGGUCGAAGAGGAAUGCGCAAGAGAAGGAUAUCUCCAUGGGGCACAUUUGUCUUCGAAGAAACAACUUUAGAAGGGAACAGGGAAUACAUAACUAGAAAAAACAAUAGUCGUUGGACAGCUAAAGAAGUGGAGUUACUGGUACAGGGUGUAUCCAAAUUUGGUGUUGGACGAUGGACUGAGCUGAAGAAGAAAUAUUUCAAAACAUCAAUUAGGACAUCAGUACACCUUAAGGACAAGUGGCGAAAUUUGUUGAGAGCUUACCAGGAAAAUGUACAAAAAUAUACGCUGCUGGAUCUAGAGCCACCAUUGGUCCAACAGAUCAGGAAGCUGGCAGCCAAACAUCCAUAUCUGAAAUGAAGGCACGGUUAAGAACAACAGCUCAGUCAUCGUAUAGAUUCUAGCAUGGAGUUAGCGGCAUCUAAAAGGGAAGGGAACAUUAGAAAGUAGAUUAUUUAUUAAAUGGAAGCAGGGUUUUGUAAGUAAAUAGGCUGAAUCUUUUACUUUUGCCAUGUCUCUGUAAAACUGUCCAGCAGUCCUAGACGAAUUGCUUAAUAUUAGUUUUGUUCUGAGGCC